UUUUACGUUGGAAUUGUAAUUUUUUCUAUACUCAGACCAAACGAGUCCUUAGUUAAGCACAAGUAAUUGGCAUUAUGCAGCUCAUAGUCAACUCUUCUAUCUCUAUAUGAUCUCCUUAUAUUAGUUCUCAAUUCUCCCAACUCAACAAACAGAAUUAUUGGAGCAAAAACUAACAAUGUCUUCAGACCAAAAGAGCCUCAACAAAAGUAUUAGACAUGUCAAUUCCACAACCAUAUUCAGCCAGGCCCGUCGGAAAUUAUUCUUCCGUAGGAAGAAAUUACCGACGGUCUGGCUCGGAGGUGGAGGGAAGAAGCAACGGAGGAGAUUUUCGCUAGUGAAGAUUUUUCGACGAGUUCGAUUGAAGUGGAUAAAAUUGCAGUAUUUACGUAUGUUGAAGAAAAUAAAAGAAUGUUAUUGGUCGUUGGUAAAUGAUAUAUUGGAAGGAAAUAAUGAAGCAAUUGAUGCAUUCCAAAGAAGACUCAUGUUUGAGACCUCUUUUGCUGUUCCUGUGAUGGGACUUUCCUUCAAUAAUUUUCCGAAUCGUCGUCGUAUUAUUUAGUGAGUUCAGAGGCCCCUAAAGCAUCAAGAAAGAACUCUUUGUUGGGGAUGAUCCCAUCUUUGUACAUGCAAAUCAGUAGUUUUUGUUCAUAUCAGUUUUAGUGUAGACUUUUAUGUAAAAGUUUAUACGUUGAGGAGUCUUGUAAAACUACUUC